AUUAUUGGUGACUCCGUCGAUAAAACAGCAUGACUAAGGAUAAUGUCUCAUGCUGUUGACUCGCGAGAGGUUAGAACUGUCAAAACAUCUCGUUUUUCGUACAUGAAUGCCUGAUCUUCUUCGGAGUCGCGUUCGCGUGUGUUAUUACCUUUAAAUAGAAGUCUUCCAUGGCGGUUCUGCAUCGUGCAUUAUUCACGUGGUUCAAUUUACUGAUAUUUCUAAUCUUGCUCGUUCUGAGACUCGAUCAAAGGAUACAAUGGAAUUGGUUCAUCAUUUUCAUUCCGAUGUGGCUCUACGACAACAUUCUUCUCAUCUACAUAGUCUUCAACAUGAUUUCGCACUGCAAAAAUGGACGUGUUAAUAGCCUAUAUCGAAAUACAUGGUACAUGAUAGCUGUGCUCCUGAAACUGUGCGCUCAAAUCUUGGUCUGCCUAAAACUGGAAGCUCCGCACUGGUCACUACCAACCAAAGUGGUAUUGGCACCGUUCUGGCUACUUCUUCCUGCAUUGGCAGUAGACGUUUUCAUUCACUUGAUAUAUCAGUCCAGAUACUGACAAUGGAUGAGCUCCAACUUAUUUCAAAUUUCCUAAAGAAAUGUAUGUAUCAUGAUAUAUCAAUAAGAAUUGACAAAUAUAUGUUAUAUGUGUCCAAUAAUUAGAUGGUUGAAUGCUGC